AUGGUCACUAGAUUUUCAACGAGGGAUAUGUACGAUGUGGUGCUGGAAGUUGGUGGCACUCGAUUCCGAACCUCUAUGAAAACUGUCAAGAGAAUAAUCGAUGGCAAGAAAUUUUGGGAAAAAAUUGCUAAGGAGUUCGAUCUUUACGGCACAAUUUACAUUGAUCGUGAUCCAAAGGUAUUUGGCUACAUACUGAAUUAUCUGCGUGACGGAAGCGUAAUCGUUCCUCGUGAUGGAUGUACUCUUGCACAGAUAAAACAAGAAGCUCAGUUCUAUGGCAUUACCAACCUUGUGGAGAAAGUCGAUGCGAUUCUGAAAGAUUUUAAUUCGGACUAUCUCCAGAUCUAG